UUCCAUUUGUGUUUUUCUCAUCUAAUGGGUUCAUCCUCUUGUUUGCACAGAACCGCAUUGAAGUGAGCGGUGGAGAGCUGAGAUUUUCCAAGCUAGUCCUGGAGGACUCUGGCAUGUAUCAGUGUGUGGCUGAGAACAAGCAUGGCACAGUAUAUGCAAGUGCUGAAUUAACAGUGCAAGCCUUAGCACCAGAUUUUAGACUAAACCCAGUGAAGCAACUGAUCCCUGCAGCCCGAAGCGGGAAGGUCAUCAUCCCAUGCCAACCAAGAGCAGCACCAAAAGCCACCAUUCUCUGGACCAAAGGCACUGAACUUCUGAUCAACAGUAGCAGGGUGACUAUUACCACAGAUGGCACCUUGAUCCUCCAGAACAUCAGCAAAUCUGAUGAGGGGAAGUACACCUGCUUUGCUGAGAAUUUCAUGGGCAAAGCCAACAGUACUGGGAUCCUCUCUGUUCGAGAUGCCACCAAAAUCACAUUGGCACCAUCUAGUGCUGACAUCAAUGUGGGUGAAAACCUUACUCUGCAAUGUCACGCAUCUCACGAUCCAACCAUGGACCUGACCUUCACCUGGUCGCUUGAUGACCUCCCCAUUGACUUUGACAAGUCGGAGGGGCACUACCGGCGAGCCAGCGCGAAGGAAGCCGUUGGGGACCUCAGCAUCUUCAACACGCAGCUGAAGCACUCGGGGCGAUACACAUGUACAGCCCAGACUGUUGUGGACAGCGCGUCGGAGUCAGCCACACUCACUGUCAGAGGCCCCCCAGGCCCCCCGGGGGGGGUGGUGGUGAGAGACAUCGGUGACACCACUGUCCAGCUGAGCUGGAGCCGGGGCUUUGACAACCACAGCCCCAUCGCCAGGUACAUCGUGGAGGCACGGACCCUCCUCUCCAGCAAAUGGAAGCAAAUGCGGACCAAUCCUGUAAAUAUUGAAGGCAACGCAGAGACAGCCCAGGUGGUGAACCUCAUUCCUUGGAUGGAUUAUGAGUUCCGGGUCUUAGCAAGCAACAUCCUUGGAGUUGGGGAGCCGAGUUUACCCUCCAGCAAAAUCCGUACCAAAGAAGCAGCACCUACUGUGGCACCAUCUGGGCUCAGCGGAGGCGGAGGGGCUCCCAACGAGCUGAUCAUCAACUGGACGCCCACGCUGCGGGACUACCAGAACGGAGACGGCUUCGGCUACAUCUUGUCCUUCCGCAAGAGGGGCACGGAGGGGUGGCUGACAGCCCGGGUGCCACGCGCCGAGUCGCUGCACUACGUGUACCGCAACGAGAGCAUCGGCCCCUACACCCCCUUCGAAGUGAAGAUCAAAGCGUACAACAGGAGGGGAGAGGGCCCAGAGAGCCUCACCGCCAUCGUGUACUCUGCAGAGGAAGAACCCAAAGUGGCUCCGUUCAGAGUUAUAGCCAAGGCUGUUCUGUCCUCAGAAAUGGAUGUAUCCUGGGAGCCCAUUGAGCAGGGAGACAUGACCGGAGUGCUGCUGGGCUACGAGAUCCGGUACUGGAAGGAUGGUGACAAAGAGGAGGCAGCUGACAGGGUGAGGACCGCGGGGCUGGUCACAUCGGCUCAUGUAACGGGCCUGAACCCCAACACCAAGUACCACGUGUCGGUCAGAGCUUACAACCGGGCGGGCACCGGCCCCCCCAGCCCCUCCACCAACGUCACGACCACGAAGCCACCACCAAAGAGGCCACCUGGCAACAUCUCCUGGACUUUUUCUGGGUCUACAGUCAGCAUCAAGUGGGACCCAGUGGUGGCAAAGGCGGAGGAGUCUGCAGUUACGGGCUACAAGAUGCUCUACAGGCAGGAUUCCCACUCUGCUCCCACACUGUACCUGGCCAGCAAGAACCAGCUCGACAUCCCUGUCCCUGAAGACUUCACUCACGCCUUUGUCCAGAUCAGGGUGACGGGCCCCGGGGGAGACGGAAUCCCAGCGGAGGUUCACAUCCUCCGCAACAGUGGGACAAGUAUGAUGGUGGAAGACUCCGUGACGAGGCCAGUGCCACACGCUGUCGUCGUCACAACUAACUCUCUGGCAAUGGUGGCCCUGAUCAGGUACCUGGAGCUCUGA